CUUCAGACUCCUCUAAGAACUGAAGGGCACCCCACGCAGCAUCUUUGGACAUCAGCACAUCAGGUCCACUCAGCUGGGAUAAAUUGAGUCCCUACUAAAGUGCCAUCAUGAGCACAGACGCAGAGAUGGAGGCCUAUGGGCCUGCAGCCAUCUUCCUCCGGAAGCCGGAGAAAGAGAGGAUUGAGGCCCAGUCUGCUCCAUUUGAUGCCAAGACAGCUUACUUUGUGGUUGAUCCUGAUGAGAUGUAUCUUAAGGGAAAACUGGUCAAAAAGGAGGGUGGCAAAGCCACGGUUGACACAGAUUCAGGAAAGAGUAUCACUGUAAAAGAGGAUGACAUCCAUCCCAGGAACCCUCCAAAGUUUGACAAGAUUGAGGACAUGGCCAUGAUGACCCACCUCAAUGAACCUUGUGUGUUGUAUAACCUCAAAGAGCGUUAUGCAUCAUGGAUGAUCUACACCUACUCUGGGUUGUUCUGCGUCGUCGUGAAUCCCUACAAGUGGCUUCCUGUGUACGAUGCUGUUGUUGUGAAUGGAUACAGAGGCAAGAAGAGGAUUGAGGCUCCACCCCACAUCUUCUCUAUCUCUGACAAUGCCUAUCAGUUCAUGCUCACUGACCGUGAGAACCAGUCUAUCCUUAUCACUGGAGAAUCUGGUGCAGGAAAGACUGUCAACACCAAACGUGUCAUCCAGUACUUUGCAACAAUUGCAGUGGCUGGAGCUAAGAAAGCUGAGCCAACACCUGGCAAGAUGCAGGGUUCACUGGAAGAUCAAAUCAUCGCAGCCAACCCUCUGCUGGAGGCCUAUGGUAAUGCCAAGACUGUGAGGAAUGACAACUCCUCUCGUUUCGGUAAAUUCAUCAGAAUUCACUUUGGAACCAGUGGCAAACUGGCCUCAGCAGAUAUUGAAACAUAUCUGCUGGAGAAGUCCCGUGUCACCUUCCAGUUGUCUGCUGAGAGGAGCUACCAUAUCUUCUAUCAGCUGAUGACUGGACACAAGCCUGAGCUCCUGGAGGCUCUCCUGAUCACCACCAACCCCUAUGACUAUCCAAUGAUCAGCCAGGGUGAAAUCACUGUCAAG